AAUGCAUAUUUUCGAAAAUCAUAAUUUUGUAAAAUCAUUUUUUUUUCCAAACUCAUUAAAAAAAUGCAUGUUUUGCAAAAAAAUCAAAUUGUUCAAAUCGAUUUACAAAUGUGUACAAUGCAAAAAGACGUGUCACAGGAAAUGUCUAAGAAAGUCUUUAAAAAGUGAACAGGAAUUAAAGAAUGGUCCAGACGACAAGACAUAGAUUGAUUCAAGUACAAAUCAAACGAAUAAAACCGAUGAAAUGGAAAUUCUUACAGUUGACGAAGAUAUCGUACAUGAAAAAGAAAUGCCGAAAACACAAACAACACAUACAACAGAAGACGUUGAAAAAUCUAUGGAAAACGAUGAUAUAUUGCGAAAAAACAUAAUAAUAAAUAAACAAAAAUCUGAAACUGAAGUAUGCUAUGCUCAAGAUCCAAACAUUUAUGAAUAUGAUGAAAAUGACAUAGAAACAUUAAAGUCUACAAAUGAAAAAUUAUCACCGGAUUCCUUUGAAAUGAUGAAAGUUUUGGGAAGAGGAGGCUACGGUAAGGUGUUUCAAGUAAGAAAAAAGACGGGUAAAGAUGCCAAUAGAGUGUUCGCGAUGAAAGUGAUGAUUAAGACCAGAAUAUUCGAAAAUCCUAAAGAAAUGGAUCAUACGAAAUCGGAAAGAAACGUCCUUGAAGUUGUUAAGCAUCCAUUUAUAGUCAGUUUGUUCUAUGCAUUUCAAACAAAUGAAAAACUUUAUCUUGUAAUGGAAUAUUUAAGUGGUGGAGAACUUUUUAUGCAAUUAGAAAGAGAAGGAAUAUUUUUGGAAGAAACAGCAUGCUUUUAUGUGGCAGAAAUUAUUAUUGCAAUUCAGCAUUUACACAGUCAAGGGAUAAUUUACAGAGAUUUAAAACCAGAAAACAUAUUGUUAGACCAAGACGGUCAUUUAAAACUGACAGAUUUGGGUUUAUGUAAAGAACAUAUUCAUGGAGAUAGUGUUACACAUACAUUUUGCGACACAAUUUCAUAUAUGGCACCGGAAAUCUUGACUAGGAGUGGUCAUGGGAAACCGGCCGAUUGGUGGUCACUCGGAGCUGUCAUGUUUGACAUGAUAACUGGCACUCCACCAUUUAGAGCUGACAGUAUGGAUGGUGCAGAGGACACUGUAGCUAAUAUUCUUACCAGAGACCUGGAGAUACCAUUAUAUAUAUCGAUGGAAGCCAGUGAUCUCCUAAGCAAAUUACUUGAAAGACAAGUUAGCUCUAGAUUAGGAUCGGGCUUAAAUGAAGCCGAAGAGAUCAAAAAUCAUUGUUUUUUUCAACAAAUUGACUGGAAAGAGAUAACAAACCGUACCUGCGAACCUCCAUAUAUACCCAUAUUAAGUGGCGCAGACGACACAACGCAAUUCGAUUCCAGGUUUACUGAUCAGCCUCCAGUUGAUACACCUGUAGAUGAUUCAUUCAUGCCUCGUGAUAAUGAUGAAUUUAAAUUUGAUGGUUUUACAUACAUAGCUCCAUCGUUAAUAGACAAUCUUAGUGUGAGUCCAACUCGAGACCAUACGUUUAAUAUAAAUCAAGAAAUGGAAACUCAUUAUUUAUCAUCUCCAUCACUCGACCGUAAUAAUAUAACAAGAUCCAAUUCCGUACCCGUUUAUCAACCCCGAAUAGUGCAAGCUAACCACAGGGUGAUAGACCAUUCAAAAUUGUUUGAUGCAUGUCCUCAAUCAUUCAAAAACAAUUCUACAAAUAGACCUCAUGUGUUGACAUCAGUCAACGGUACUAAUAUACUGAAUCAGAACCAAAAUGAGAUGAUGGAAGUGGCGUCCACGUCUAGUAUUCCCCCUCAAAUUGAAUUGAUUCAGUGAAUGAAGACUGUUUUAAAUUUUAUUUUCACUAAUUAAUUUAUUGGUAUUGAACAUAUUUGGUGAUUUAUACUUUAACAAAUUUUAAGUUAAAAUACAUGAACAUUUAAAACAAUAAAUUGACUUCUACUUAAAAAUAUACAG